CCCGCCUGCUCGCCCUUCCUGUGCGGGAGCUGAUCCGAACCUGAGCGACCGAUCCCUCACAGCCUGCAGUCCUAACCGCCUAGCUCGCUCCGAGACGCGGUGUUUCGGGCCUCCCAGUCCUAGAGCGCCGGCCGCCCGGAGCCGCCCCACCGAGAGCAGAGCCUGCCGCAUUGGGCCAGGCCCGCGGGCAUCUGCGACGAACCUCACUCCAGGCUCAGAGCCCCCACAGCUGGCCGCCGGCGCCGCCCCGAUGUUCCAGCUGCCCAUCUUGAAUUUCAGCCCCCAGCAAGUGGCCGGGGUAUGCGAGACUCUGGAGGAGAGCGGCGACGUGGAGCGCCUGGGGCGCUUCCUCUGGUCGCUGCCCGUGGCCCCUGCGGCCUGCGAGGCCCUCAACAAGAAUGAGUCGGUGCUGCGAGCGCGAGCCAUCGUGGCCUUUCACGGGGGCAACUACCGCGAGCUCUACCACAUCCUGGAGAACCACAAGUUCACCAAGGAGUCGCACGCCAAGCUGCAGGCGCUGUGGCUCGAAGCGCACUACCAGGAGGCGGAGAAGCUGCGCGGUCGGCCCCUGGGGCCGGUGGACAAAUACCGCGUGAGGAAGAAGUUCCCGCUGCCGCGCACCAUCUGGGACGGCGAACAGAAGACGCACUGCUUCAAGGAGCGCACGCGGCACCUGCUAAGGGAAUGGUACCUGCAGGAUCCCUACCCCAACCCCAGUAAAAAGCGUGAGCUCGCCCAGGCAACCGGACUGACCCCUACUCAGGUGGGCAACUGGUUCAAAAACCGUCGACAAAGGGACCGGGCAGCUGCAGCCAAGAACAGACUCCAGCAGCAGGUCCUGUCCCAAGGUUCUGGGCGGGUGCUAAGGGCCGAGGAAGAAGGCACACCCGAGGUUCUGGGUGCCACCGCCGCCAGUCCAGCCGCCAGUCUAUCCAGCAAGGCAGCCACUUCGGCCAUCUCUAUCACAUCCAGCGACAGCGAAUGCGACAUUUGAGCUGUCUGUCCCGCACACUGAGAAACAGAAUCCAGUGUAAAAACAAAACAGAAAAAGACAAGUCAAAUGAAGGAAAAUGGAGGAAAGGAGACAAGCAAAUCCAGCGCUUGUGAAGUCAGGUGACCAGGUACCUGGGGCUAGAGACCCUCUGCCCUGGGUCAGGUGGCCUCUGAGUUCAGUCUGGCUUGAUGGCACCCUCCCACCAGGAUCACAGAUUCCCCAAGUGAGGCCUGACCCAGAACCAUGUUCUCCCUGCUUUGCUUUUCCCCAAGGAUUUUGCAGCAAAGAUGCCUGCGGAACCCGAACUGCACGCUGAGCGCCUGCCCCAAUUUCCUGUGGGUAUUUGACUUUGAAGAGACGCUGUUAUAU